CGAAUGAACCGUGGGCAAACCCCAAAGUUGCCGCCAUCGCCUCACUUUACAUUGAAGGCCACGUCAAGCGUAAGGAUACUUUUACGGAUAAUCCCCAACCUAUUCCCAUGGAUAGUGGAAUAGGCUACAAGUAUAGUGGUGUCGUCAUUGCGGCAGUGUUAGGCGUCGUGCUAGUCAUUGCACUCCUGUGGAUAUGUUAUACCAAACACAUAUUCUUGUGCCUUCGUGAAUGCUGCUGUGGAUCUUCGGAUACCGACCGUCCUUCAUACCCUCGCUUCUACUCAGGUACUUCAUUGAGCAGCUUCUGGUGGGCAACACCGCCUCCAAAUCCACCAUCCGUUGAGCAGCCCAAACCUCAAGAGAACAUGGCAAUUCCACGCCAAUAUCAGCCGACACGCCGACCCCCCAGUUCGUCUCAUGAUAAUCCCGAUACCGCUCCCCCUCCAUAUCAACCACCCACCCCUCCGCGAGCCCUGGUCCCCCGGCGAACCACUAGCCAUGAUAGCUUACCGAACAUAACCGAGGACGAAACUGUUGAUCCCGCAAAUAUCCCUCUUCCACACACUCCAGUUCCUCGACCUCCACAUCCCUAAAGCACGCUAGCUGGAUUCCAUCAGUACGAGCCUACAACAUU